ACCAUUCAGAUCUGUUUCGGCAGCGUGCGCAAUCGGAGGCUACUCCGUAGAGUGCGAACAGUCCCAUUCGCAGACCGGGAUGGAUCUACGGAGUGAUUGACUCUCACCAACAGCACCGUUUGUUUCGGAAGGGGAGACUAGAGGCCAGGAGAUGUGUCUCAUGUCCUGCAAGAUGUAAGGGAUGACGUCAUCAACCACUUUUCUUCUCCGCCCACUUACGUUGGGGAGCGUGUGGCUGGGUUUGAUGGCAUGGCUUGCUCAAGCUCAAAGCCCUCCACGCUUGCUACCCGAAGCGUAUGACCUUGAAAGAGUUGUACCAGAAGGAACUAUGGUGCAGCUACCAUGUCCAAUAGAAGCCGAUCCAGACACACUGUUUUUUGAGUGGUACAGAGAUAGAGAACCACUGGAUGCAUUUGCAGAUGAAAGAUACCGAAUCCAGAGCAACGGUAUUCUUAAAAUCAAAUCUGUGGUUCCAGAAGAUACCGGUCUCUAUGUGUGUAGAGCAGUCAAUGGCUUUGGAAAGGCUGAUGUAAACGUCACUUUAAUCGUGCUAGGUUCCCCAGAUGCAUUCCGAUCUGAUGCAUCGGAAGAAGAACAUAGUUCAGAAAGAAUGUUGGAAGAAAUCCCACGAUUAGAAGAUAUUGAUCUGGAACCGAAAGGUAAACCACGUUUGACUCAAAUUUCAAAGCCCAUCAACGUUGUAGUUGUCGGGAGCUCGGUUCCUUUAAAAUGCAUUGCCAAAGGUGAACCACGCCCUCAGAUAUCUUGGAUGAAAAAUGGUAAGCCCUUACCAGAUUCAAAUCUACCUGUUAAUACGAGGGGAGGCCAUUGGAUUCUUUUCCUCCAAAAUCUACAAGCAUCUGACACUGGAAAUUACACUUGCAUAGCAAAAAAUGGGGUGGGCUCUACCAGCGCCAGUUUUGUUGUCAAAGUUAUCGAUCGUAUACGAAAUAAACCAGAAUUCAUCCACGGUUAUCCUCCAAACGUAACAUCUUAUGCUGGAGAAACCGUAUCACUGCAAUGUUUAUUGUCAAGUGACAUUCCUCCGAAUGUUCAGUGGCUAAAGCAAGUAUCUACGUCUAUUCCCGGAUCGCUGGACCAUAAUUUACAUGCCGUGAAACUUCUAGGAGAAUACUAUCAGGUACUCAAAUCCACGGAAGUUAUUGAAAGAAUGGAUGGCUACUUUUUGAGCAAGCUAGUAUUUGAAUCCCUAGACGAGUCUGAUGAAGGAAAGUACAUUUGUUUGGGAGCUAAUACCAUGGGCUUCAGUUAUCGAAGUGCCUUCUUGAAAGUUUUACCUAGAUCGUCACCUAACUUAUAUAACCAAUCAGGCAUUCCAAUACCAUUUCCUCUGCUGGUUGCAGCUGUGAUAUGUGGCGCCAUCAUCCUGGCUGGACUUCUGGGAUUGGUUCUUUAUUGUCGAAGUCGAAAAUACUCAUCUGCCGCUUCAAGAGACACUUCCUCAGCCGCCACAAAUACCACAAGCAGUUCUUCCUCAAAGACUGGAAGCAGCAACACUUCAGAAAGAAAACAUUCAUAUGUUGGAAUGACUUACAAGCCACCCAUGACAAAUGUCAGGGAUGAUCUUGGCGUACCGUCCCCAUCACGAAUCUACAUAGCACCAGGCCAACUGCAUAGGACAGUCCCAUUGAAUGCUAUAUUGAUUUAGACUGCUGUCCCAUUUGAUGUUUUGUGAUUUAGAUCGAUGUUUGUUGUUUUGCAUAAGAUUCUAUGCUUCAUUCCCGUUCAUUGUGAAAAGUCAUAACGGGCAGCAUGCAAUCAAAAUUGUUGUAAAAUAUCGUGUAUCAUAUCAAUCAGUUGAAAUGGCAUAUCGUAUGUGUUAUCUCCAAGAGAAACUAAAAGGAUGGUAUGUUUAUGAUGCACGAUGGCAUCACAUUUGUAGAACACUUUAUAAAGUGAAUAAACAUUGAAUCUUCGGCAUACAUACCAUCCAAGGAAAUGAAGGUUAACGGUUUUUGGCUAAUAUAUCAUUGCCAGAGUGUAGAGAUAACGAUGAGAAACGUUUAGAAUACGAACGAUAGAUGUUGUUUACCAGAAAUGGGAAAAAUUAUAUGUUUAUUCGAGAUUUUUAAGAUAUCAUGAUCGAGCCUAGUCUGGUGUAAUGUAAAGAGGUGUUUCAUCAUUGGUUUUCUAUUAUCGUAGUUAAAGCAACCAUAAUCACAUAAAAAAAAUGUUUUUAAACAUUUUUAAUGCCAUACUUAAAUUUCGAACGCACAACAAAAUUGAAAAGAGCUAAAUCUAAAAUUAACACCUAGCUACGUGCACUAAAUGUUAUAAAAACGCAUUUUUGAAUUAAGCAGAUUGUAGAAUUAAGCAUAAGCCGCACUGAUUCUUACUUAUACAUAAAUUCGCUUUAGUAAUUUUGAAAAAUAAGUGCUAAAUUUACCACAUGUAUAAAAGUCAUAAUUAUCGAUUGAUAGAAAUAGAAAUAACAGAUAACAGAAAUACAGAUUUUGCAAGCGAAAUGGACCAAACAUGUCCAUCUAACUGAGUUAGUACUUAUGUCUAUGGAACGAUGACAAUCUCAACAGUCAUCCGCGAAAUGUUGUGUCAAAUUAUGUGAAAAUGAUGUUCUGAAUAUGAGAUUUUUAAAGUACUUUACUUCCCUUUAUUGUGACUCUCUGUGCAAUGUUGUGUUUGUAAGUUUCCAUAAAUUGUUAUUUGGAAUCCUAUCAAUGUAGUUAUCGUUAAUUCCUACGAUGUUCCCGAACUUUUAAAUGCAUUAUGUCUAGAAAUAAAGAA